GACGUCCUCGCCCUUCCCCUAAGCUCGCUGGACCCUUCCCAGUCGUACGACCUCUCUCUCUCCCACGAGCUCGACCCGAACUGGGACACAGACUCCACUCAGUGGGAAGACGAUUCCCCCUACGCGGAAGUGCGGGCUAGCGUGAGCAACACCGAUGAUCCUGGCAUGCCGUGCAAUACGUUCCGGGUAUGGCUGCUCGGGCUCUUCUUCACAGUCCUCAUCUCCGGUGUUAACCAGUUCUUCUCACUCCGAUAUCCGAGUAUACAGAUAACGAGCCUGCUCGCCCAGCUCUUGGCGCUCCCGUUGGGCAAGGCGUUGGAGAGGGUGCUAAGUACGCGCCGGUGGAGGAUCUGGGUCUACAGGUGGGGGAAGGGUUGGGUAACAUGGGAAUGGACCCUCAACCCCGGGCCGUUCAAUAUAAAAGAACAUACCCUCAUAAGCGUCAUGGCUAACGUCGUUGCGGGAGGAGCGUACGCGACGGAGAUUGUCGCUGCUCAAAGGACAUACUACAACCAGCAGUGGGACGUCGGCUACCAAUUAUGUCUCGUCAUCUCCUCCCAACUCAUGGGUUUCUCCCUCGCCGGCAUCUGCCGCCCCUUCCUCGUCUGGCCAGCAAGCAUGAUCUGGCCCCAACAGCUCGUCUCCUGCGCCGUGCUGAACACGCUGCACUCUACCUGGGGGUUCGCAGACGGCCUUCUCUCGCGCUGGAAGUUCUUCUGGAUAUGCCUAGUCUCUGCCUUCCUAUGGUACUGGGUCCCAGGUUACCUCUUUACCGGCUUAUCAGCCUUCUCCUGGUUAUGCUGGGCACUGCCGGAAGAUGUGGUGGUGAACCAGCUCUUCGGAACGCAGACGGGGCUGGGCAUGGGAUUGUUGACAUUCGACUGGAGCGAGAUCGCUUAUGUGAACAACCCGCUUGUGAGCCCUUGGUGGGCCGAGGCGAAUGUACUCCUGGGACUGGGACUGUGGUUUUGGAUCCUGACGCCUAUUUUGUACUAUAAGAACGUCUUCUACCUUGCGUAUCUUCCAAUGUCUACUGGAAAUGGGUAUGACAACACUGCUCAGGUGUAUAACGUCACGCGGGUGAUUGCCAACGGGGCAUUUAACGUUACUGCUUAUAAAGAAUAUUCGCCUCUUUUCAUCCCGGCGACGUUCGCCAUGGACUAUGCAGUCCAGUUCGCCACUCUCACGGGGACGAUCGUUCAUACUCUUCUCUGGUACCGCGAGGACAUCAUCCGCCAAUUCCGCGCUUCCCUGCGAGACGAGCCCGACGUCCAUUCCCGCCUCAUGAGUGUCUAUCGAGAAGUACCUUACUGGUGGUACGCGGCUAUCGGACUCGUCUCCCUCGGCCUCGGCAUCCUCACCAUCGAGCACUGGGACACGCAGCUCCCCGUCUGGGCCUACUUCCUCUCCCUCGCUAUCCCGAUCGUGUAUGUCAUCCCCCUCGGCAUACUCCAGGCGAUCACCAACCAGCAGAUUGGGCUAAACGUCGUCACCGAGCUGAUUGUUGGGUACGCACUGCCAGGAAAACCGAUCGCGAUGAUGAUCUUCAAGACUUUUGGGUAUAUCACCAUGACUCAAGCGCUGAGUUUUGUCGGGGACCUCAAGUUCGGACACUACAUGAAAGUCCCUCCGAGGAUCAUGUUCAUGGCCCAGACGAUCGCCGCGCUCGUGGCCUGCUUCGUGGUCGUCUUUGUCCAGAUAUGGAUGUUUGGAAAUAUAGAAGGCCUGUGUGCUCCCGGGCAGGUGGACGGGUUCACAUGCCCGGCGAUUCACGUAUUCGCUACUGCUUCGGUGAUAUUUGGCGGUGUGGGCCCGCAGAGGCUGUUUGGCCCGCAUGGGACGUACGCCCCGCUAAUGUGGUUCUUCCUUAUCGGCGCUAUCCUUCCUAUCCCAUUCUACUUCCUUGCCAGGCGUUACCCAGCCAGUUGGUUCAGAUACGUAAACAUCCCGAUCAUCUUCGCCGGCACGUCCUACCUCCCCCCGGCAACAGGGAUCAACUACUCCUCCUGGGGCCUCGCAGGGUUCAUAUUCCAGUACCUCAUCCGUCGAAAACGGUUCAUGUGGUGGUCGAGGUACAACUACAUCCUCUCCGCCGCCCUGGACGGAGGCACCGUCCUCUCUGGCAUCGUCAUCUUUUUCGUCCUCUUCAUGCCGUACGGCUCCACGGGCCUUCAGUGGUGGGGCAACACCGUUUCGGCGAAUACGGCUGAUGGACAGGCUCGACCCCUCUUCCCGCUUGGGGGGGACAACCCGAGCACUUUUGGCCCGCCAAUCGGCUCGUGGUCUUGAGCCACCCCUACCCUGACAGCCUGUCACGGAGCCAUGUCGAGCCCAACCCAGUGGCGCCCUCGUACUCAGGUGUUGCUGUCGCCCGCAGAACACUAUCGCCACUAUUCGGAGGAGACGAUUGUGUGCUUGCAUGAUCCGCCACCGCGCUCGGCAGUCAGAGCCGCUCGCUUUUGCCCUGCGCGCCCCAUGGCACGAUUGAGUCUACAGCAUCUGGGACAGCGCCUCCCAGAUCCGUGGAUGUGGUUGGCCUCGUUCCACCGGUUGCUCCGGCUGGUACAGGAUCCUCACUGGACUAUCGGCGCCACGGUAUUGGGAUGGCGGCGCCAAUGGCGGACCUAGCUAGGCCUUACUUUCUGGCGUUUCGAUCCUGGAGAGUAUAGGCGCUCGAGUAAGCGCCUCACGUUUCGAGAACGAAACGGGUCCGCUUUUCACACAACAAAAAGGGUUGCUGACUUUCGUAAUUCGGUCACGCGCUGACUUAUCUGGCGCCACAUCCUCCUUCCUGACGCGAGACUUUUGCUCGCCGCUUGAUUAUUCGGCUACCUUCAUAUCUUUCCCAGAUCGUACUUCCUUUGGGUGGACUUGGUGUUUGUACAGUACUGAGGGUAUCUGUGACGCGCUGGCCUCCUAUAUUAUUGCUCAUUUCCUCUCCACUUAUCCACAUGUACAGUUACAUUAUACCCUGGCACAGUUCAGUUGUUGUAAUAAUAGCUACGAUGC